UUAUGUGAUUCCAAGAUCUUCACUGUGGUGUUUUCGAAUGUUGACACAUUUGAUUAUCAUCAUUAACAGUGAAAUACUUGUAUUAUGAUCUGAAAACUUGUAACUCUCACGGCGGAAAUGACAAUUUUCAUUGCACAUGCGCGCUUGCAAUUCUCACGGUACUUGCAAAGUACACGCUACAACGUCAUCAGAUGUUGUGUAACUAGCUGAAGUGACGGGCGCGACGAGGUGACGGAGAUUUAGCCUCUCCCAGAAGUUUAAGCUACCAGAGACUACCCAGUUUAAGAAAAACAGAGAUAUGAGUGGAGAUGAUGCCAGUAUUCCAAAAGUCCCUGCAGCAAAUGUCAAGUCUUCAAGAUAUAUCCUAGAAGGAUAUGAUCUGUAUGUUCUGUUGAUUCAUGAUCAAAGACAGAAGGUUAAAUAUGUAUCGUGUGAUGCAGAAGACAUGGAAGAAAAGUCAAAAAGUAGGAUAAACAAUGAUUUGGAGCGGCUAAAAGAAAUUUUGAAAGAAAAAUUUAAACCUGAAAUCAAAGAAAUUGGUGUAAAUGAUCAGAUGAUGAUUCCGUGCUUUGAAAAAGAACUACAAAAUGUUUCUGGAGCCAUUAGCACCUGUCCCAAUGUUGGAGCGUUCCUCUGUGUAUUUCUCGGAUUUGGUGGGUCCGAGUAUGUUUAUCUUGGACGUGAAAAAGAAGAAAAAAUUCAGAAAAUGGAAUUUGCUGCUGUGGUGAAACACUUCAAUGGAGAAAAUUGUAAAUCUUUGGCAAUGAAACCAAAAAUGUUCUUUGUUCAGGCUGAGACAACCAGCCCUGCAUUACCAAGAAGUGGACAACGUAGUGGUAGAGAAGAAGAGGAUGGGUUGAUCAGGAUUCCCAUACAAGCAGAUAUUUUUGUCUAUUUUUCCUCAGCACUUGCAGGAGAAUUUUGGAAUGAAGUUCCGGUGACUGACACAGAUAAGGACAAUGUGAUGUCCAGGUUUGUGAGGUUGUUGUGUUGUGAACUAAAAGAAUUAAAACCUAGUUCCAGUAUCGAGAUACAAAAGAUGGUGAUCAGAAUCAAUUUUCAGAUCCAAGAGGCAAAAUUUAUAUACAAACCACCUGAAGGUGUAGAUUUUUUACCACUUGUGACAAGUCAGCUGACAAAAGAUCUUUUUCUGGCUGAUUUCAUGGAAAACCCAAAAGCGAAUGUAUAAGACUCUUACAUAGGUUAGCAUGCUUUCAAAUAACUGCAGGAUCCAUAUAAGAAAUGAUCACUGUAUUGCAGGUGAGCGAUUCGGGCCCAUUAGGCCCUUGUAAUGAUUAGUUAAUUGUGAUCUCUUAAUACUUUGCAAAAAUCACUGCAAAAUUAGGAAUACCAAAUGUACUUACAAUCAACCAAAGCAGCUUAAUAUAUACAAAUAUUGUCUCCUCAAUGUGAAAGAAAAAAAGUGUUGUUAACUCUUCCAUCAGUUAAUUUUUGUACGAUUUUAUCAUUAUCCUAUAUAACUAUGUACAAUGAUGAUUUUGUUCAAUUUUAUUGUUAACUUUUACAACUUUGUACAUUUAAUCAUUAUCCGAUAUACCUAAAUAUGUACAAUGAUGAUUUUGUACAAUUUUGUAAGAUUUUUAGGUCACCUGUGACCAUCAAGUGACCUUUAUAACUAUGUACAAUGAUGAUUUUGUUCAAUUUUAUUGUUAACUUUUACAACUUUGUACAUUUAAUCAUUAUCCGAUAUACCUAAAUAUGUACAAUGAUGAUUUUGUAUAAUUUUGUAAGAUUUUUAGGUCACCUGUGACCAUCAAGUGACCUUUAUAACUAUGUACAAUGAUGAUUUUGUUCAAUUUUAUUGUUAACUUUUACAACUUUGUACAUUUAAUCAUUAUCCGAUAUACCUAAAUAUGUACAAUGAUGAUUUUGUACAAUUUUGUAUGAUUUUUAGGUCACCUGUGACCAUCAAGUGACCUUUUCCAACUGCCUUUUGUCUGUCAUCCAUCCAUAAACAUUUUACAUUUUCAACUUCUUCUCCAAAACCACUGAACCAAAUUCAAUGAAAUUUAGCAGGGAACUUCCAUGGCCAAAGGUCAACCAAAAUUGAGGGACGGGACCAAAAGGGGUUGAAUUGUCUAAAUUUUCAAAAAUCUUCUUCUCAACUCCCAGAUAUGGUAGAAUCAAAUACUCUUCACAGAUAGAAAGGUCUAAAGGUCCUUUACCAAAAUUGUGAAUUUCAUGACCUCGGGUCUCACAUUUCCCCCUGGGGAGGGGGUAAAUUUUACUACAGUUUAUAUACGAUAAAUCACAAUUUUGAGCAUUAUUUGUUCCAAUUGCCAUUAGAAAUAAUAUAAACUUGGUUAGAAUUAUCAGUAUGGGAUGCCUGUUGUAAAUGACAUGUAUAUUGGUACUGGCUGACAACCAGGGGCUUAUUGGCGGGGCCAAAAAGGGUCAAAUUAACUGAAAUGUCAAGAAACUUCUCAAGAUGUAAAUAAGGUAGAAUCAAAUACUCUUCAUAGAUGGAAGGGUCUUAAGGUGCUUUACGAAAAUUGUGAAUUUAAUGACCCUGGGGUCUCACAUUUGCCCCGGGGAGGGGUGUAAACUAAACUAUAGUUUAUAUAGGGAAAUCAAAUAUUUUGACUAUCAUUUGUUUGAUUUCUAUUGGAAUUCAUUCUAACUUUGUUAACAUUAUCAGCGUUGGAUGACACAUUGAUGGUAUGCACAUGUUGGCCCUGACUGACCCCUUGGGCUGAUGGGUGGUGCCAAAAAGGGUCAAUUAAAUUAAAACUCAUAUGACAGUUAAUUAAGGCCAAUUAACAGGGCCUCUAUUGUUAUAACUUUUACAGCUUUGUACAAUUUUAUCAUUAUCCUAUCACUUACAACGAUGAUUUUGUACGAUUUUAUCAGUAUUCUAUAAAACUAUGUAUAAUGAUCAUUUCUUCAAUAUAAAAGUUGCUCAAUUGUUAAUAAAGUUUACUAAGAACCAU